UCGGCAUUUUUCGCAGUAGCACUGACAUCCUUGACCGAUGAACAGUUUUUCUUCCGUUGACUUGUGCUUAACGGUCUCUGUGCUAGUGAUCAUCGCAGCUUUUGUUUACUACACAGGAUUUUAUUUGGGCAUUCGUUUGGCGUUCAACCUGUCUUGCCACGACAAUUCGUCAAGCUGAUCGUACAUUAGCCGAUUGCUAUUGUACGUCUCAGCUUUAAGUAUCUAGCCUAAUCGUCAUAUGGGUUACGACUCUUGGACCUCCGAACGGUCAUUAGAUUCGAGUGCCAUGGUGGACCAGCUCUCCGAUAUAUACUUGACCGACGAGGUGGUGCAAGAAUUAGUCGACAGAAUUCCUCCUGAUUUUCUGAUGGAGAUGGAAGCAAUAAUUAAUAACGAUGCUGCUAGCGUAUCGCGCACAUACGCCACGAUGCCUGCGAAUGUGGAUUUUGAGCCUCCUGUCGAGCCUAUGUCAGAAGUACAAUCAGCGAAACCGGAGAUCAACAACGAAGCAUCGGAAUUUGUUGCAAUCAUCGGAUUCGAUGAACCCCUUCCACAUGUCGAAUCGCCUACAGGAUGCCUUCAACCUAUUAACCCCAAUCCAUUGCAAAAGACCGAACUUCCUAAAGACAACGCUCCCCUUCCCGAGAUUAAGUCUUCUGAAGUGACGGAUUUCUUUCAAGAAAUUGAAGAGUUCCUGCAGAUGCAACAAUCCUUGAAUCAUCAAAUACAAACUACAGUACAACCGAUGGUACCUGAUGAAUUGAUUCCUGAUUUCAUGCCGGACUAUUGUUCCAGAAGUCAAUGUGGCAAAGUUAUACGCAGACGAACUUAUCAUAUCGACACCACUGGAUAUCGGCGCAGGUUCAACUACGGCCUCGGUAAAUCAAAACAGGAACUUUAUGGGAAUCCAUUUCUCAAACCAACUAGGUAUUUGUGCGAUUACUGUCCCUCCGAGAUGUACAAGAUUACGGUCUUUUUAAUGCACAUGAAGCGUCAUCGCGACGACGAACUUCGACGUGGUCUGUCACGAUGCAGUUCAUGUGGAAUGUUGUUUUACGAUGUAAUACAGAAGAGAUGGCAUCAGACAGAAUGCCAUAAGCGUAACAUGACAUGGCGCAUCUAAAACAUUGUUAUUACGCGAUUGCUUUUUCCAGAUCCGAGUACUGUUUAUUUAAUACUAUAACGUACAUUGUGGCGUAAUAUUCAUUAGAAUAACUUUCAAUUGAUUUUACUUUCUGAAUCGUGGACGUAUACUGGUUGUCGUUCUAUGCCGCGAACUACAUGUUUCUUUGGAAUUUCUAAAUUUAAGAUUAAAUUUAUAUUAUAAAUUUUUAAGAUUAUAUCUAUUAACUAGAUAAAUAUAAAGUUGAUAGAAGUACUCGGCGAAGUGAAAAGCAUAAG